CAAGUACGGAUAGUUACGCCAACAUAGACGUUGUUCGUGACACGCAUCCACCGCGAUAAUUUUGUGCCGGACCGAUGAUGGUCCACCCAUAGCUCCCACACUGUGUGUUUGCGCAGGUGUAGCAGCAUCUGCACCACAGCCCAGCCUGGCUCUAUGAACUCCGUAUCAGCAGCCUUCCGCCGCCUGCCGCCCACCGCACAUCGCCCAGGCUUGGGGCUAGAGCCGCCUCUCACAAAUGACCUCUUCCAAGAUGCCCAUGAUGCUGGAUGACCAUAUGGGCCCGCUGGGUGCAGCCAUGCCCAGCAUGGACGACGACCUGUUCGGGGACGAGGUGCUCCCCAUGGCCUCCCGCCCCCCCAGCAAACAGCUGCAGCAGCGUGUCGAUGAGAUGCGGAGCCGAGGCUGUUGCCGCGGUAUCUCAUGCUCAAAGCUCGGCACCAUUGCAUCCAUCUCUCCGGAUGGCACCCAUGUCAACCUACAGUGUGCUCGUGCCAGCCCCUCCGAUGCCUCUUGGGAGCUCAGCGAGCCCACUCCGUGCUCCAUCUUCUCGCCAACCCUUCCUGGGGGCCCCAUUGUCCACCUGGCAUGGUCGCCGUCCACGACCCCGGAGCUGGCCGUCAUUGACGCCUACGGGAGGGUCUGCCUUUUGUUCUUUAACAGUAGCCUCAACAAGACCUCUGUGAUCACGAGGAAGUGGGAUAACGAUACACCCGACGAUCUUUUGUCCGUGGUCGGUUGCUACUGGCUGCCUUUGCUCGUACCACCAAACAGGCCGUUUAACAUCACACACGGGCCGGCCGUUCGUGAGAACGGCAAGUACCAGAUGAACACCAGCAUAAUACAGACUAGCGGCCCAUACCAUCCCAACCCGGCCAGGAGCGCUUUGGUUUGUGUCACUGCCAAUGGUCUACUCAAGCUGUUUUACUCCCAGAAUUCCAAUGUUCCCCAGGAAGCUCAGCUGGAAAUGGAGAGCAUUACUUCCUCAGAUGACCUGAUCACUCACGCUGCGGUUUGCUCGGAUCGAGCCAAGUUGGUCGUUGUGCUCGCUACGGCAGCGAGACAGUUGAAGGUUCUCCACGCGGAGAUCAACUGGGGCAUUUCGCAUCCACAAGACAAGCAGGUGCCGCCUGGGGGCGUGCCUCUCAAGCCCUCAUUCAAGGCGGAGCAUGUCACUGGGACGAGCUGGCUUCAGCAAGGUCUUGUAGAGUCGCACCUCGAUGCCUCCAUGGACCAGAUAUCGUUGUUGGAGGUCUAUCCGCCUGUCGUGGAUAUGAAGGCCAAGACUUCGUUGCCGGCAACUAUACUGAUCAUCAGGUCACACGUGCCUCCGGUGCAGACACCUUACAACGUCGAAUAUCAGAGCAUCAUUGACCGAUGGGAUAUCCUCACGGAUCAAGCACAACAACUGCAUCCGGCCUUCGAGCAACGCGGCUCCAAGGGUGGAUCAGCAUCAUCUCUCCAUCCCACGACACGACUCCGUAGGAGGGAGUCAAUUGUAAUCAAUAAGAUAGCGGUCUCUAUCGAAACAACUCAGCUGGGGAGGGUCAUCUGCAUUGGAUUCAGCGACGGGACAGUCCAGUUCCGAGACCGCUCGACAAUGGCUGAGUUGGCCAAUGAGGAUCACCACGACCUCAUCAUGGUACCCCAGCAGGCCGGCUUCCAUUUCGACGAUGAGAAGCCUUGUGUGCAGCUGACAAUGUCCCCCAACAAUUGUUCCUUCACACAGGUCUGUGAGAAUGGUAAGCUCAAGUGGAACAGCCUAAAGUACACGGCAGACCAGAUUGGAUCAACCAGGCAGGACCCCCUGUAUGACGCUGCGCUGACCGGGUUGACACUGGCGGCUGCCAACGCGGCGCAACAAAGCUCAAAUUACGACGACGUGCUCGCUGUCGCUAGGCCUUUUGUCGAGAAGCAUCCUCGGUUUCUACCCGAAAUGGUUUCAAUGAUGGUGCACAUGUUGAAUGCCAAUGUGGACUACUCGGAAGAAUCCCAGCACGAAUCAUUGUACAGAAAUACACAUCUUCAUAACAUCCUCAGCUUUCAAAAUCAGCUUGGCUUCCGGGGCGAGUUCAAGCCGAGGUCAUUCAUGGGCAAGUUUGCCAUGCUCGCCCUCAGCGUCAGGCACGUCGUCAUUUUCAUCACCCUGGCCAACAACUCGUCCCAGAACCCAUCCAGGGAGAAAUUCACACCUCUUGAUGAACCUGAGGUGGUUGACGCACUGACAGGGUGCGCAAAGUGGGCACUGGACUUUCUGUGCUGGUUGACAGACAGCCUUUUGGUCUUGCGCGAUGAUCCAAAAUUCAUGGAGCUCCUCAGCCCCGGGCGCUUCUCGGAGAUGACCCCUUAUCUAAAAUCCAAAAACGAUGUCUCCCUACACCUGCUACUGUGCUCAUCGACGAGAGGGUUCCUCAUUGCCACUUGCAAGCGUCUUCAUCACCUUCAAAUGAUGAGCACGCAGGCCACACAGUUCUGGGACAAGAACCCCGCCGUGCACAAUUCGACAGAAUCGAAGGCAAACCAAGGGCUGGUUGCCAUCCAGCAGGCGUAUCUCAAGAUGCAGAGGUGCAUUACGACAACACUCAUCACGUUCAAGGAGAUAGAGAGGACCCUGAGUGUGCUAAGUGGCGACAUCAGGCAACAGUACCAAGCGUCCCUGGCCAUGCUAGCACAGAAGCAACAGCAGCAAUCAGGCAAGCCAAAUCAGCCUCCCGCCGAAGCCGCCGUCAAGAGGGCACAGGCGCAUUACGAGUUAAACAUGCUACUCACGGAAACACCCUCACCCCAAUUAUUGCCGGUGAUCAAGAAGUUCUUUGAGACAGACCUCAAGAAUCUGGCGGCCACGACCGACCGGUCCGGAUUGUUCUUCACCGACUUCCCGCUGCUAGAGGUAGAAGAGGACCCGAGAAGGAUGGCAGCUAGGAAGGCACAGGGCAAAUACGUCGACGCGUUCAAGCGCGUGGAGCUGACGGCACACGUCUCGUCGAAUAUUUGUAAUGGAGAGAGGGGGCACCGGCCACAUGAGCAGCAGCAGCAGCAGCAGCAGCAGGCGGGUGCGGAUGCCGCCACUGGUCCACCGUGGCGGAGGUGUGUGAGGUGCUGUUCUGUCAUGGAGGAUGUGCAUCCGACGAAGCCCGGCAUGAACUACGUGUUGACUCAAAUGAGACGAUGUAGUUGUGGAGGGGGCUGGGGACUCCUUGCACCAGGCGAGAUGGUUGUGUGAGGACAUACUGCCAGCGAGCGACGGUAUGAUGGUGGACUUGGACAGCUUCUCAUUGGAUAUUGCUAUGGUUAUUGGCUCGAACUUUGCACAGGCUCAAUAACAUCCAUCUCACCUAUUAUCGCCAUGUAAUAACGCAGCCACCUCAAGAAGGGUUUGAAGAAAUAGCCAUAAUUAUGGAGUCACCGUGGCAUCAGGCUUUGGGCACCAGGUCUCCCCAAGUACAGCUUCCGCCAUGUGAGGCUGGUCCCAUGCGAAGUUGCUGAAGUAUAUACCUAGGUACCAUGUUCGCGUAGCAAACAGCAUUUGUUUC